AAAAGACAAAGAUACUCCUACUCCGAAAAACCAACUUCACUUAUAUUUACAUCCUCUCUUCAAUUGUUUAUUGUUUAUAUUUUUGUAUACUCAAAUUUAAAUUUAAGCUUUAAAAAUAAUGUAGGGAUGGCUUCGGAGCGCGACUCUACGGAUUCGAACGAUUUGGGCCCCAUUUUCGACAUCGGGGUUCUCAAUUUGUCCGAUAACACGGCGACCAGACCCAGGCGUCGAGCCCCAAUAAUCAGACAGGCCUUCAGUGCUAACAAUUCCUUUAGAAGUUCACCCCAAUCUGAUGGAAGUUCAAGUAGUAAUUUUGAUACAGCAGCACAAAAUAGUACAAAAAAGCACAGAAAAAAGCCAGGAUUUGCCAGAAAACUGCCACCUAUGGGCAUAUUUUGGGACAUCGAAAACGUACGGGUACCGAAAAUGAAAAGCGCCUCAGCAGUGGUCCAAAAAAUCAGAGAAAUCUUCCUGGAAAACUACCGAGAAUCGGAAUUCGUAGUGGUUUGUGACGUUACAAAGGAGCAUCCCCAAAUUGUACAAGAAUUGAAUGAUUCUCAAGUGAAUCUAAUUCAUGUUUCUUCGACAUCAAAAAACGCAGCUGAUGAAAAACUUAGACAAUCAAUUAGAAGAUUUGCAGAUAUUCAUCCAGCACCUUCUUCUAUACUGUUAAUUACAGGUGAUAUUAAUUUUGCCCCUGACUUGUCUGAUUUGAGACAUAGAAAGAAAGUCAGAGUGAUUUUGGUGCACAACGUAAAUGUGGCUGAUGCUUUGAUUUUGUGUGCCAAUGAGCACCACCUUUUCAUGACACUGGUGGAAAAUUUACCAGCAAAUACUCCUAAAAAAUCAUUGGACCCUAAUAACGCUGGCUGCUUUCUAACAAUAGUAAAUCUACCAAGAAACAUUGACCAAGGAAAAAUCAAAAACAGACUGAAAUUUUUGUCUUACAAUUGCGGAGGCAAAUGUACUGAACUAAAUACCGACGAGGGCGUCGCUACACUUAAAUUUGGAAAUUCUGAUUUAGCUUUAAGGGCCCAAAAACGUAUUCAGGGCGAAGACGUGUUCGGACAAAAAAUCAGAGUGCUGGCACCCUCGGUGCGAAGUUUUACCGGGCAGAGACUGAAAAAUGGAGAUUUCCAAGGCGCUGGCGCCUUUAACAUUCCACCCCCUGGCUUUUACCAGCAACAAUCUCAACAACCUCCACCUGGAUUUGGAAACCUUUACCAAGAAUCUUUUCGGCCAAUAUCCAGUAACAGAAAUUUAGAACCCAUGCAGCUUGGUUUCAAUAGAGUGCAUUCGAUAAGUAACAGCUCAGAGUUUAGUGAUAGUGAUGCAAAGGCUCACAUUCCUCCGGACCUUCCCAACGGCCAAGACAACCAACCAGUUGAACUCACAAUCUCAAACCUAGAUAGUGGCAUGGAAAUCCGAACAGUCAAACGUCUGCUCAUCAAUUUAAUCAAAGAAUACGUCAUGAUAGUCCACCUGAAAGUAGUCACCCAAUUGGAUGGUCAAAUCCAGGCCAGUCUAACUUUGGCCAAUCAGCAAGACGCUCAACUAGUCAUAUCGCAUUUGCAAAAGAAAAAACUAGGCUCUAGACGUAUUUCGAUUGCCUAUAAGCACAAUAAUAAUCAGCAGGAUCUGAAACAGCUUAAAGCUAUGGCUGUGAGCGUAUUGCAAGAAGCCCCAGAUGAGCAAAUGCCUUUAUUUAAACUACUUAGUACUGUUAAAGAUAGGUAUCAGUGCAACAUGUCUGUGGCUGAUGUUAAUAAAAUAAAAGACGUUGUAAGAGUUAGGUGUGAUGAAACUGGAGGCAGGGUUGUAGGUUUGACUGAAGAAGCCUUAAGAGUCACUCCGGAUGCGCAAUUUAUUUCUCAAACAAUGCUGCCUAAUUGUAUUAUUCAUUGUAGAUCAGACACAAUGGGUUGGCGCAAAGAUAAUUAUCCAAAUAUUCUUGUGCCGUUGUCAGUAUUUGCCCCAAAACUCUUAACUUUAUUAAACAUCCAUUGCGGCUCAAUGCCACUUGUAAGUUUCCAAUGCUGCUACGAACAAGAGUAUCAUGAACCAUUACCUGAAUCCCCUAAUGGGGUACCUUUAGAGCAUUUGGUCACUUGCGUGCCACAUGUCAGCAUUCAACUGGUUGGCCCUAAUAAGACUAUUAAAGUAAUUCAACAUAAUACGGAUAAGAGUCAAGACAAUGAAGACCAAGUUUGGAAAAGUAUUGCUCCUUCAUUAGCUCCUAAUAUGGUUUGUUUGUGCCGGGAAGUUGUUGAAUUGUUGAAGACUAAUGAGAAAUGUCAGAUGGUUUUUAAGAAUUUUGUGCCUUCUUACCAUCAUCAUUUUGGUAAGCAAUUAAGAGUAGCUGAUUAUGGGUAUAUGAAGCUUUUGGAAUUGUUAGAGGCUAUUCCUCAUGUUGUACAGCUAAUGGGUGAUGCCUAUAGAAGAGUUAUCACGCUUACUCAUUCGGCUCAAAUACGUCGUUUCACCUCUGAUUUGCUUAGAAUGCUCAAAGGACAACCAAACAGGCAAUUGCCAAUGCAAGAAUUUCACACCGCUUACGAAAAAUCCCAUCACAGGCCUUUUAAUCCUGUACAAUAUGGCCUUUGUACUUUGGACGAUUUGCUGAGCAAACUGCCUCAAAAUACUGUAGUAAUCGAUAAGGCUGAGGGUGUUAUUUCUAUACCGAAAAAACAACAAAAUCCUGAAGAAAUUGCCAAAACUAAAUUAUUCAUUGAAGAGGUGGUAACAUUGUUAAGGCUCGCUCCGUAUUAUACAAUGCUUUUUGAAAAUUUCGUGCCCGCUUACCAUCACAAUUUCGGCCAUCAGUGCAAGGUAUCGGAUUAUGGUUUCACUAAGUUAAUUGAGCUUUUCGAGGCCAUUCCCGACGUGGUAGAGAUCAGAGAACACAACGGUGAAAGAGUAAUAAGUCUCACUCAGCAACAAUCCUUGAGCAUCCUAGGAGCCCAACUAGUCCAAAUCUUGUACAAAGUGCCCGAUAGCAGCAUACAACUAGAAAAACUAGCCAUGUAUUACUACAAAGAAUUCGGCUAUAUGUUGGAUUGUUCCUUAUACCAGUGCGCGACAUUGCAGGAAGUCAUAGAAAAACUCUCAGAAUAUGUACAAGUAAUCCAUAGUGAUGCUGGUUCAUUACUCAGACUCCGCCCUGUGGAAAUGGAUACUUUGCCCAAUAUUCUAAGUGUUCGUUCUUGGGCUUUGCUCCUAUGUCCGCCACAUGUCAAAGAUUUAACAACUUUUUGCCAUCAGUAUCGGCAAUGUUACAAUGGCAACAUAGAGCUAGAUACCCUCAAAAGCAUUCCAAAAAUAAUUCAAAUUUCUUCAAUAAAUAACACCGAAUAUAUUUCGUUAACAUCAUUAUAUGUCUUAGGGGCGCAGCUUUAUUAUGUAAUUUGCCAAAAUAACGGAUCAAUUCCGUUUAACACCCUAGAACAAUUAUACGAGGAUUAUUUCAAUAAACCCUUGAAACUAGCCCAUUUCAAUAUUAGCUCAGUAAAUGAAUUCUACAAAAGCUUCAGCUUAAUUUUCCACUUAAAAGGCAGCAAAAGAAACAGCAUGGUCGUUAUAAAUAAAACCUUGCAAGAGCAAAUCAUGUUCAGGUACCAACAAACCCAGCAACAAGAAGAAUCCAGCCUGUUUCCUUUAGCUGAACUAAACUCCCAAGUGCUCAAGAAGUAUUCGCCUCCCAAACCUGAUACACCUCCUACACCUGGUUCGAUUUUAUUGUGGAACACACCUGGAAAAACUAAAUCAAUGGACUUUACAAUUAACAUGCCAAUGGCUUCGGAACCGUCCCCGUUUGCAGGUUUGUCCGAUUGUUUGGUGUCUCCGGCCCGGCAUUUGUUGACCAGCAGCCCCUGGAAAGGAGCCCCGGAGCCUCACGAGUUGCCAAUGCCAGAUAAACUUUUGCCUGGCAAAGCUAUAGCUGAUGAUAGUGGUGAUUCUGGAGUGAACACUUCGCCUCCGGAAAACGAACUUUCUACUACGGAAAAUAAAGGUGCCAUCAAAAAGAAGCCUUUCUAUGAAUCACAUAGGAAUGUAAUAAUUAUUAUUAAUUGUUUGAGCGCCACUCAAAAAACGAAAAGACUUGAAAUAUUAUUAGAAACAUUCCAUUUUUUUUUCUUCUUAUACCUAGGUACUUAUUCUGAUGUAUUUAAGUUGAUAAUGCAAUUUUUAUUAUUAUUUUUCUUUUUUAUAAAUUUUGUGUGAUUUAUAUUUAUUAUUAAUUGCGAUAUCAACUGUUGUAUUUGUAUUUUAAAUUGUCUCUAUAAAUUUAUCCAUUAUUGUAUUUUAUAUUUAUUCAACUUCUUUUUUAACUAUUUAUUCUGUGACAUUAUUGUUUCGUUAAAUUAAAAAUAAGAUUGCCAAGUGAAAAGAAUUAUUGUUGAAUAAAGAAAUAAAUGUUUAUACUUUUUAAAAUCGGAUAUUAUUAAUUAAUGUAAUACCUAUACAGGGUGUUACAAAUUCAGCAGCAAUUUGGGAAUUUGUGGCUCCAUUGCUCAAAAGGUAUUUGAGGUAUCAAUCAAACUCAAUUUUUUUAAUGCAUCAUGUAGAUUGCUUUCUUUUUAUUUCAAAAUCAAUAUAAUCCCUAUACAUUUUACAAACUACAAUAAUUAUUAUUUAACAAACAUCUUCAAUCCCCUUGGGCAUCAGGGUCAACCUUUUUCCCAUUCAUGCCAGAUCCGACUGGACCGUGCCUACGCUCCCAAAUCAUUCUGUGUUUCUGCUUCAUGUAAGCAGUCUGGGCAUCAUGAUAAGCACCCAAAUCACCAUUUUGUAAACCAAUAACCAGCAGCGUCUUCAUACUCCUUAAAAAGCCCAGAACACUUUUCCACAUGAUCAGGGGUCUCGUAAACAACACAAUCCGAGAACCUUUCACGUAGAAUCGUCAAUAUUUCGCUGUCCACCAACCUGUCCCGCCUGUACUGUUGAUUGGCCUCAAAAAUACAAACAGCAUCAUCUGUAUAGCACUCGUCGAUGGUGGGUACUCGCCUGAACUUCUGAUGGUACCACGGAUAGUGCUUUUGGUUAGGUUCCACAACUUGUUCUAUGAAAAAAUAAUAAAAAGGGGUACAAUUACAUAAUUUUUGAGGUUAAAGUUUUACUUCGGAACCAAGUAGUGGGGCCGUCUAUGGCUCUUCCUAUGGCUUUCAUAAACCCUUCGAAGCUGUUUCUAGCUUCACCUUCAGACAUUUUCUUCUGGAUUUUAGAGGAAAAUUGUAAAAAUUUAUUUUGAAAUAAAUAAUAAUGACAGCCAGCUGAGCCAGUAAAGAAAAGUGAGGUUAUAGUUAGAUGGUGUCACGGUGUCACUUCAA